AUGCUCUCCAGGCAGCUGCGUUUUUUAAUUUCAAGUCGAGCAUUCUCAUCGGCUGUUCAGGAUGUUUCCUCGACUUCAUCUGGCGAAUCCAUCGAUACACGAAGAGAAUUAUGGCGAAAACCAGAAAAUCCAUUCAUCAAAACUCCACAAGCUUGGGUUUCAAAUUUGGAUACCAUCGAAGAUGAGAAGCUCGGACUCGUGGAUCUCCAUCCAGACAUUUUCAGAACAUCACCGCGUAUCGAUAUUCUACACCGUAACCUCACGUGGCAAAGUGUAUAUCGAAAUGUGCAAAUGACGAAAAUGUUGACAAAAGCUGAAAUGCCCGGAGGGGGUAGAAAGCCGUGGCCUCAAAAGAAGACUGGACGGGCUCACGUUGGUUCUAUUCGUUCCCCACAAUUUAUUCGAGGAGGUUUCGCAAAUGGUGUUCGUGGACCGAGAACGUGGUUCUACAUGCUUCCAGACGCAGUCAGAAUUCAGGGACUUUGUGUUGCUCUCACUCUAAAGCACACACAAGACGAUUUGCAUAUUGUUGACAAAAUUCAAAACUUACAGAAUGGAGACCCUAAAUAUUGGAUUGAUCUUUGCGAAGCUCGAAACUACGGAUACUCUGUUCUUUUCGUUGAUGAUUGUGAUGAGAUUAGCGGUGGACUUGCUGAAGCUCAACAAGCUCUUCCGUGGCUCAAUGUGAUGCCAGUGUAUGGUCUGAAUUGCUUCUCAUUAAUGAAAUACGAUACUAUUGUUCUGUCACGAAGUGCAUUGGAAAGAGUUGAAGAACGACUUCUCACACAAAUGCAUAGAGCUGGGCCGAUGAAUAAGAAAUACAGAUAUAUGGACUACAAGGACAAGAUUCUUCAAGAGGCGGAAGCAGAAGAGGAUCCAUUGAUGCCACCAGUUGUUUGAUUCGAUAUUUUGUUUUUUUGUAAUUUAGAAUUUUUAAUAGGCUUAUUUUUCUUUUUGUUUUUGAUUGUUAUUCUUAUUAUAAAAGUAUCCUGAAAAUAAAAAUACAGAAUU